GCCGUCGCCACUGUCUACCUCCGGAAGUGCCACGUCGUGUGUCGCUGGUGUGAGAGUGUGCUAAACAUGAAAGAGGUAUGGUUUCCUUGCAAACCGUUUUCAGGCUGACAUCACAGGAGGAACUGCAAAGGAGGAAAAGACAUGUGGAAGUCAACAGAAAAUUAGCUCCUCAAGGACCAGCUAGAUGUUUACAAUGAAGAAAACCUUGGACUCCUAUUUUGCCUCUGAAGCUCUAGUGCGACUUCUUUUGUUUGGAGUGUUUAUGUUAACAGAACACAUCCCUCCGUUUAUAAGAGAAAUUCAGCCAGAGGAGUUGUGGCUUUAUAGAUUUCCAUAUGUGGAAGAGGACCAUGUUCCCACAAAUCUAAUGUUUGGCAUUGCCUUUUUUGUACCUCUAUGUGUCAUUUUGCUGGGCAAAUUUUCAAAUAAAGUUGAGCAAGAAGACACAAAAGAAGCAUGCCUUGCUGCUACUUUGGGUCUGGUACUAAAUGGCGUGUUUACUAACACUGUGAAGUUAAUUGUUGGAAGACCCCGGCCUGACUUUCUGAACCGCUGUUUUCCAGAUGGACAGAUUAACUCUGAAUUGCGGUGCAGUGGAAAUUCAGACACUGUGCUCGAGGGGAGAAAGAGUUUUCCUAGCGGACAUUCCUCUUUUGCUUUUGCAGGCCUGGGAUUCACUGCCUUCUAUAUAGCAGGAAAACUACAUUGUUUUGCGCCAGCAGGCCGUGGAAAAUCAUGGAGAUUGUGUGCCUUUUUGAUGCCACUGCUUUUUGCAGUUAUGAUUGCACUGUCGAGGACUUGUGAUUACAAACAUCACUGGCAAGAUGUAUUCAUUGGAUCAGUUAUUGGACUCAUAUUUUCAUACUUGUGUUACAGACAGCAUUUCCCACCACUGACUGACAAUGAAAGUCACCGGCCUCUGAAAUGUAAAGGCACCGUGCCAUUAGCACAAGAACGAAAACUUGCCAACCUUAUUCUUCCCAUAUAGGGACAAGGAGGACACAGAUUAUAUUUUUUAUUUUUUUUUUAAUUUGUGCAUCUCAAGUAUCUAACAGUUGCUGCACAACAAACUAGUAUUCUAAAUGCAGGGUCAUCUUCAAAGCUGCCAACAUAGAUAAGCUACUACAGAGUCUAGGAGGGAACAUACAUAAAAGAACUCAGCUGUGUUCGGACAGAUAACCGUGCUAUAGAAGAGCCACACUUCUUCUUCAGGAAAGUGUUCAGCCAAGCUUGGAGUACACUUGAUCUUGGGCUUUCCUUAUGCUGGAAUAUUUGAAAUUUAGAUUUAUAAAUUGAGAUCACAUUUCUGAAAUUCAUGUAAGCCCUUAGCACAAGUAACACAGGUAAGAAUGGUGACUAUUGAUUCUGUAUUUGUGGAGGAUUAUGUCAACUCAAAAUUUAGAAGAAGGUCAAAAACAUGAAUGCCGAGAGCUUGAGUUCUUUGUAUAUUUGUGGUGGUGUUUAUUUAAACAAAGUAAGUAAAUGUUGGCCAAGCUGACCAUUUCACACCACCCUUACAGGUAACAAGUAACGCAUUUACUCUACAGAUGAAACAGGAGAAGUGUAUGUAUAGCUUAUAAACCAGGGAAGGUUUUGUUCAGUGCUGAAACAAAAGAAGAGGCACAUUAGUUUCAUGGAGAGGAAAGAUAUUUUGUGCUGAGCUCAUGAAAUGAAGUGAAGAAAAAGAUGUUUGCUUUGAUGUAAUGAUAAUUCACAUUCUAUCUGACUUACAAUGUUGGGACUAUUCAUUUCUGACAUAAAAGCUAACAUUUCAACAGUUUUUAAAGUUUUAAAAGGAUCAAAGUCAUAUUCUGCCAGAUUAAGAGUAAAACUUACAUUCCAUCAACUUAAAUAAGGUACACCGGUGUACACUUGGGCGCCUAACCCUUUUUUCAAGCAUUAUGUGUGGUUGGUUUUGAUUUAGAUGAACAUUCCUUUUGGGCCAAAUUUGUUGAAUAUUUACAUAGUGAAAGCUGUUCAUUUAUAAGGGUUCAGGAUAAUAUCAAUGACGAAUACAAAUAUAGGAAGGCCUGCCUUUAGUUUUACUCCUCAAGUACUGAACUGUCUACACUAGUGGUCUCUAAGAGUGGAGUUGCUAAUGCACCAGGAUUGCACUAAGCAGCUCCCUGAUCGUGUCUGACGUCUGCCCUCUGAGGUUCAAUCAAAGCCAACUAUGCUUACUACCUGUGGUGUGUCCAGUGCCUGUUUAAUUAUGUGAAAUGUGUAUUUAGAACAUCAAGUGGAAAGGCUAUUAAAUGUGAAAUUUGUGACUGUCCUAUUUUAAAAAUUGGUACUCUGCCACUAGUCCUGCUUUAAGAUAUCUAAUGCAGUAUGUCUUGUUUACUUUUUUUUACAUUGAAAACAUAUUUUAUGUCCUUCAUUCUGUUUUUUUCCCCUAACAUGUAUCCAGGUGGUUGUCUUUGUAAUGAUCUUUAGUAUGGAAGAGAGGCCUACUUCCCAGUGCUUAGUUUGGUCUUUUUUAUUGAAAGUAGGAAGUACUUAGUCAGUACUGCUAUAAAGCAGGCUUCUGUUUGUUACGUAGCAAAGUAAAGAAUUUUAACAAAUGUCUUAGAAAAAGUAAAGUACACGCUCCUGCUGAUUAGGUCAAGUAGAAAGGAAAGUAGUGGAAUCUUCGUUUCAUCCUAAAGAAAGAGCCUCUGGAAAGUUAUUGGGAAUAUUAAUAGCAGGGACAUAAAUUCUGGCUGAACAAACAGUAGGCGAGGCAGCGGCUAUCAUUUGAAACCUUGCAUCUUGAAGCAGAAAGCCCUAAAAGUCCUUCCAGUCUCCUGCUAGCUCUUUCAGUGAGGCCCAGCAUCAAAUCCUUGCAGUCUGAUAAAUGUUCAAGAGCAAAUGUUUCAUUGUUAGUAUUGUGCGAGGUUUAUUUAAAUGAUAAAGAUGCUGAAAAACAAGCUUUGGAUCAAAAAAAGAAAAACGAGAGCCGUUUGAGUCUGUACAGCGAUGAUUUGUGGUUGCCGUAAAUCUGAGCAUAUUGUGAGUUUUUGGGAGUCAUGGACUUUUCCAAAAAGAAAUGUGAUUGAACUUUUAUGUGUGGGAAGACACUACAAACCACAAACCUGUCCUCAGAAAUAAUAAACUGACAAACAGUCACAACUGUCACGUCCAUUUUAUUUUCUAAUUUCAGUCCUGUUUCAGGCUUCUUGCAAAUUCUGACACUGACUUGCAUACAGGCUUGAAUAAAUACAUGUCCUUGUCACUUAGCUGUAUCACGCCGCCAUUUGCUUUUCUCAUUCUAGUCUAGAAUAUCUUAUGUUGAUGCUUUGCUCUGAAAUACAAAUGAUUUUCGAAGAACUACCAUGAACAUUAUUUCUGCUUAACUAUAAAAUGUCCAGGAAUUUAUCCUUAAAUAAAAGACACAUAUCCCUGCAUCCUCAACGUGUCUUAUACAUGUAUGUGCCAUUAAUGGCUCAGGAUAAUCGUCUGGCACAGAUUGACUAUCUGACUUGAGUACACCAUUUUUCUAAUGACUUGUAUUACCUUCAGAUGUUUGUAAUUAUGUUUGUGAAAUUACUGAUUUCACUUUGUUUACAAUAAAUAAGACAUUCAUGAGAUGA